AUGCCAACACCCGACUCCCCAGCUGCAAUACAGAGACUGAAUGGCAUGGUUAAAUACCUUGCCAAGUUUAUUCCCAGCCUGUCACAGUUGAAUGAACCAUUACGCAAACUCACUCACAAGAACCAACUUUGGAAUUGGUCAUCAGAGUGUGAUGCUUCCGAAGCCGGUCUCGGAUUUGCACUCCUUCAAGAUGGACUUCCAGUUAUGUACGCCAGUAGAGCCUUGACUAGUGCUGAACGCAACUAUUCUCAAAUUGAGAAAGAACUUUUGGCUCAAGUUUUCGGCUUAGAGCGACAUCAUUUGUACACUUAUGGUCGUAAAAUCGUCUUAUGGACGGACCAUAAACCAUUGGUUAACAUUAGUAACAAAUCGAUAGCAUCAGCUCCUAAGAGACUCAAAAGCCUCUUUAUGAGACUUCGCCAAUAUGAUGUAGAAAUUCGUUAUAAGCUUGGCCCUGAGAUGCAUUUGGCCGACACUUUAUCAAGAGCCUUUGUUACUGAUCACGGAAAUGUUUAUCAAGUACCAGAGAGCAUCCAUCUUGCCGAUCUUGCAGUCCCUGAGAAACAGUUGCAAGAUAUCCAAACUGCUACGGCAAGUGACAUAGGUUUACAGACUGUCAAACGUCUGAUCACUUCGGGUUGGCCAGAACAUCGAAGUCAAGUUCCACCAGAAGCACAGCCAUAUUUUAACUGUAAACAUGAACUCUCCAUAUUGGACAAUAUAGUCUUCAAAGGAGACAGAUGUGUAGUUCCCCGGUCAGCUCGCAAAGCCAUAAGAAAAGAACUUCAUAGCGCCCACCUUGGAGUAGAAAGUACGCUUCGGCGCGCGAGAGAGACUGUAUUUUGGCCUGGAAUCACAGCUGAUUUGAAGGACUUUUUGUCUAAAUGUGACAUAUGUAAUACAUUUCAACCUGAGCAGCCAAAAGAACCACUGCUCCAUCAUGAACUUCCAGAUAGACCCUGGGAGAAGAUUGGAAUUGAUCUGAUGUCCUUGGAUGGUCACCACUACCUUGUAACGGUAGAUUAUUAUUCUGACUAUUUUGAACUCGAUCAUAUGACAAACACAAACCCAGAGUCUGUUGUCAAACGACUCAAGCGACAUUUCUCAAGACAUGGCAUUCCUCUCACUGUGCAGAGUGAUAAUGGACCACCAUUUAAUUCUUCUGCAUUUGCCAACUUUGCUACAGAAUAUCAGUUUACCACAGUAACAAGUUCACCUGAGUACCCACAAUCAAAUGGGAAGGUUGAGUCAGCGGUUAAAAUAGCCAAGAAUCUUGUUCGGAAAACCAACAAAGAUCACAAAGACGUUAACAGAGCAUUACUCGCAUGGAGAAACACUCCAACUGCUGGACUAGAUAACUCUCCAGCACAGCGUAUGUUUGGACGUCGAACAAGAACAUCUCUUCCAAUUAUGAGCUCCCAUCUCAAACCAAACAUUCCUGAGAACGUCACAGAGAACAAACAAAAGAAGCAACGAAAGCAGAAAGAAUCAUCUGAUCGCGGUGCAAAAGAACUACCAUUUCUUCAGUCAGGUGACAUUGUCAGAAUGAAACCGAAACCACACUGCAAAGAGUGGAAGAAAGCACGCGUCAAAGAAAUGGUCAAUUGCAGAUCUUACAAAGUGCAAACAGAAUGCGGUGCAGAGUACAUCAGGAUUCGACGACAUCUUCGAUUAAGCGCUGAGUCAUUCACUCUCAUCGAUCAUACAUUUUCACGCAAAUUUAAACUUCGCAAACAAACACAGAGCGAAACCCCACCCCAGAAAGAUAUGUCUCACGUUAAAUGUACGACGAAGCCAAAAGAGACUCAAAACAACAGUGCAUUAACUAGACGCAGUACCAGAGUUAAGAGAAAACCUGGUUACCUUAAGGACUAUGUUUAA